GGAAACCGUUCCCGCGUUUGCUAGUUGGCAACACAUUGGAGAAGUGCCACCCGCCAAGGCCGGUUCUUCAUAUAAUAAUCUUCCCUUUUUUUUUGCCUUGAGCUUUGUGUUCUUGUCCGUCGAGCGUUGUUGCCUCUCUAGUGCUUGUGCCAUACAUACACACGGAUACGAACGCACGCCACCGCACUUCCAUUUACCUCUCUCGGCACUGCUGUUUCGUUGCCUUCCACGCACCUCCUGCGAGUGCUCCGUUCCGUUUUCCGUUGUGGCUUGGCCAAGCGCGUGACACGUUCUCCGCCUGGCGGUAACACACACAGCAAAGGGUGAAGCACAAAAUGCAGCCGGCGAGCGACAGUGGGGCGGAUGGAGAGGACACCAUCGUGGUAGAAGGGAAGUACAGCAUUCAGGACAAGGAUGUGGUGGGCCGUGGAGCUUACAGCGUGGUGAAGGUGUGCACACCGUUAGGAUCCUACCUCCCCCCGGGCUCGCGUCCUGGCAUGAAGUACGUCGUGAAGAUCAUCGAAAAGGAGUACCUCAUUUCUUUGGCUAAGGGCGAUGUGGAGAUGGCCAUGGCGGAAAUCAAGCGCGAGAUCGACGUGCUGCGCCACAUCCCGCCCCACGAGAACGUCGUCACCUUUCUCGAGUACGUCGAGACGGAGAAGCAGUUCCUCCUGUUCUUUGAGAAGGUGCAAUGCGGUGACUUAUGCGAGCUCAUUCUGCAGUCCUCUAGCGGCAAGCUCGCUGAGGAGAAGUCGAAGCAAUACACCUAUCAAAUAAUCAAAGCGGUACUGCACUGCCACCUGCACGACAUCAUCCACCGCGACAUCAAGCCGGAGAACCUGCUCGUGAGCGAGGACGACAAAAUCAAACUGACCGACUUCGGUUUAGCGAAGCGCUCCCGCGGCGUGUGCACCGGCGAUGCUCCGAAAGAUCCCCUCGAUGUGACGGCUCUCAUGAUGCCGUACGUUGGGUGUGAGCGUCUGCUGGGGAAGAGGGUGGUGUGCUCCGACGUCAUCGGCACUCCGCGCUACGGUGCACCGGAGAUGUUCUACGCGAAGUUUACCCAGACGCACUACGACGGGUUCAACGCGGACACGUGGUCCAUCGGUGUCGUGACCUACAUCACGCUGUCCGGUAGCUUCCCGUAUUCGCCCGGAUCCAACGCGACGGAGAAGGAGGUCUUCCGCACGAUCAUGGACACCCCUCUACCGAAGCCGUCGAGCAUCUCCCCGCUUGCCUGGGACUUUGUGCAGUCGCUUCUGAACAAGGAUCCCAGCAAGCGCACCCCCCUCUACGCCGCCCUCAACCACCCGUGGCUAGCUGACGUCGUGGUGCAGCGCGGAUCCGUCGUGGCGGCGCAGCUGCGGGCGAGCGCCAUCUCCGCCGACGUCGAGGCCGCCGCCGCCCGCUUCGACGAGGAGGCCCGCCGCCUGCGCCUCUGCAUGGCGAAGCUCCAGGGCGAGGUGGCGGCGCUGCGCGAGGAGCAGGACCGCGCGGCGGAGACGCAGGCGGCACCCGACGACGCGCAGGCGCCAGCCCGUCGUGCGCAGACACCCAACGGACUCUCGCGGCCGCGCACGACGCGCUCACCCGCCUCGACGGCUGUGCGCGUGUCGUCCCCCUCGCGUGGGGCCACGAUGCGCCACCGCACCGCGAGCCGCGACAGCAGCAGCAACGGCUCCGUCCCGCGCCGCCCCUCCCUCACGCGGGGAGUGCGCGGGCGGAGUCCGCUGGCUCGCAGCGCAGGUGGGGCCGCCGUCCGCCGCGGCACCCCGGCCAGGGCAGGCGGCACCACACCGGUGCGCAGCGUCACCCCGUCGCGGGCGGCAACGGCCACCACCGCCACCGCCGGCGGCCGCUCCGGCUCUGCGGCGCGCACCGCGCACACCA